CAGUGGGAGGUGUCCCUGCCAUGCCGGGGGGGCAACGGGGGGGAUUUGGGGUCCCUCCCACCCAAACCAUUCUGGGGCUUUGUGAUUCCUUUCUGACAGUAAAUUUAAUCUGUGAUCUUUGAGGAGCUGCAUUCCUGCAUUGUUCUCUUCCCUGCUGUUUUCCACAAGCCGCGAGCACUCAGAAGCACAAACACCAGCGCUCCGUGCGUUACCAUCUUUCACAUGCUGCUGUCCCAGUUUUGCAGCUCUGGAACAAUCCCGUGUGUUCGGGGGAUUCUCUCCUCUCUGGCCGCUGGCAGGGCUGUUCUCUUCCCACGUGUGUUCCUUCCCCAGGCAUUCCCCGUCCGGCUGGGUGGGACAUGGGAGCAGGGACACGGUGCCAAGGAGGGGGCACGGGAGGGUCAGGGCGGCUGCAGCAGCACCAGCAGGCACCACGUCCUUCCUUCCUUCCUUCCUUCGUGCCUGUCUUCCCCUGGGGAGGGGGAACUUGGCUCCCUGGUUAUUAACUCGUCCUCUCAGAGUUUGUCAGAUGAGGCAAAUUUUAAAUUCCUCACGACCAUCACCGUAUUCUGAGUGUUACCCAAAGCUGUUAGGGGAGUACUGCUUAAGGCAAAUGAAUUAUUUGAUGUGCGGCACAGCCUGGAGAAAACAGUACAUUUAACAUUUAAUAAAUUAUCUCUUGUUUUUUAGGGAAAAAAACAGUAACUGGCUAAGCCUACUCCAACUCAGACUUAACUGAGAGCUGCUUAACACAACCCAGCACAGCCCAUGGAAUGGAAAUGCUGCAGAUUUUGGGAUUAAAAAUCCCAUGUGGAGGAGAGGACCGCAGCUGUGGUUAAACCUUGUGUUUAUUUUAUUCUGUAGGUACCUGCGCUGCUGGAGUUUGUAAAGCUAUGAAGAAAACCCCUGGAUACUGAAAUUCUUCAACCUCUUCCUGCCCUUGUACAUCGACAGUGUUUUAACCCAGCACUGGGAGCUCAGCUGCAGAAACACAAGGAAGGGAUUUGGUCAGAGAAGUGUGGCAUUUGAACCAGAGGGAUGCAACGUUUUAAGGCCAAGGUUGUGGAUGUUGAUAUCAGCAUACAAUUCUAUCAUGGAAUUGAUUUAACAAGCUCCGAUUCUACCAGAUACCAAUGCCAGUGCUGGCAUUCUGGGAUGAGCUGCAUUUUUGCUUCUGCAUUUCAUGCCUAAACGAGUUCAUUUUGAGUUCCACUGAAAUACUUCAUGUCUUAAAAUACUGUAUUCACUGCAGGAAGCCCUGCAGGUGGUGGCUGAGGUGACAAAGGGCACGUUAGGAAGGGGCUUGAGUCCAUCUCAUGGCUCUUCAUUGGGGAUGUGCUCUUGCCCGGUGUGUCCGUGUGUCUCAAAUACCGGUUCUGUUUUCCCAUUAACUUCCUUGAUCCUGGGGGUUUUACGUACAAAGCCAAUUGUACAGGACAGGUCUGUGUGUAAAUAAGGGAUUGUGCUUAUCUAUAUGUCACUAUAAAUAUGUAUGAAGUCUUGUACAUAGGAAAGAGAAAACGGCUGAAAGAAUGUUUUCAGAACUGUGCCCUCCGUUUAAAUGCACAGACAGGAGAUUGCCAUCCGUGUGCUCCCUCCCUCUCCGGGAAGGGAUCCCGCUGGUUCCGCUCGCUGUCUGCAUCCCGCCGGCUCUGUGAGGAGUUUGUGGU